CGACAGCGUAUAUUAGGAUGCAAGUCGACCGCCCAUUCUCGAAACUCAUCAUCAGCAUCAACAACACCAGCAGCCUCAUCAGCACACCAGCCCAAUUCCCCUCUCAUCAAUUCUUUCUUGCACACAACAAAGUUGAUCUUUGUUUAUCAUUUUCCAUCGCAAUCGAUCACAAAUACCAACCUAUCAAAAAAAAUCCCAUCUACCAACAAAAUGAAGUUCACCACCACCGCCAUCUUCGUCGCCAGCGCCGCCGCUGUUGCCCUGCCGGAUCAGGGUACCACCGCCGAGAAGCCUGGUUCCAACCAAAUCAGCCACGCUGGACCCAAGCUUGGCCUGCCUGAACCAAUCUUCUCUGACCGCAUUGGCAUCCCAUACCAGCCACGCAUUCUCUCUCGUGAUGCUUUCAGCUUCGACUUUGGACUCGGCGGCAACGACCCACUCGACGGCAUUCCAGACUUCAUCAAGCCUUCCAAGCGCGAUGCUCUUGCCGAUGCUCUCAUCUCCGUCAUUGGAGCAGGCAAUGGACGCAACAUCAACGCGAGAGAUGCUCUCAUCUCUGUCAUUGGAGCUGGCAAUGGACGCCUCGCCACGAGGGAUCUCGAGUCUGUGAGACGUGCUAUCGGUGCCGGUGCCGCCGCUGUUCUCGGUGGUGUCGUCUCCGGUGUCGUCGCUCCCGCCGUCACCACGGGCAUCAACGCCGCCAGCAAGGCUUUCCGCGGCGGCAACAAGCGCGCUGUUGACGAAGUCUCCUACGAGGAAGCUAGCGCUGAGUUCAUCGACGCUGUCGUCAAGCAGAUCGCAGCCAAUGGCGUCGAUGAUGGUACCGCAGGUGUCUGCACUUCUGUCGAAUACACCGUUUCCGCUCCAGGUUCCACUCGUGAUGCCAACGGUGUCCGCUUCGAGCGCGAUGGCAAGACCACCGACUACGACUGCUUCCUCCUCGCUGCUGGUGGCAAGUUCUCCGUCAACCCAGCUGAUCUCGCUACCAAGGGCGCUGUGGCUGUUGCUGGCGGCAGCUUCGACAAGGAUGGUGUCCUCACUGUUGCCUAGAUGGCCAACAAUUUCUACUGUUGAUCAGUUGGAAAUCACAACAGCCGGUCUGUUGUUUACGAUCACUACAUGAUUGCGAUGUUGCAUGAAGAUCUCGCGCCGGACGCGGCGCUUGAUGAGCCUGGGCUGACGACUACAUUACACUGGUGUGCUGCAUAGCUGGUCGGUCGUUGGGGUGCUUUUGUUGUUGUUUAGAUUUGAAAUUGAAUUGUUGGCCAAC